AGAAAGGAUCAUUUUGAAAUCUCCCAGCAGAUUUUUUGGCGAUAUAUGUGAGUUUAUUUCUUGAUGUGACACGAUUUUAUGAUUUCUACCUGAUUUAACAUCGGUAAAUGUCUUGGUUCUAGUCUCAGCGUAGAAGAUUGGUGUUUUGAUUUGCUUUUCCCGCGAUGUCAAAUCAAAACUAUAUCGAUACAAUUGCCGCUUUGAAAGCUAUCAUCGUUGAAUCCCUCAAGAAUCCCGGAAAAAGGAAAGAAUUUGUGAGCGAAGGAUCUGUUGAGCUGAUUAUUGGUGAGUAAGAGUUAAGCUUCCACUGAAAAACCUUCAUUCAUGACUGUGUUUAACCGAGGCAUAAGACAAGGACCACGUGGAUCCAUUGUUUUCCAAAAUAAGCUUCCAAACGUGUUGACCUUUUUUAUGAACUUAGAACUGUUACUGUUUCAAGUUGUUUACUGAAGCAAAAAGCCUUACUGUAAAUGAGCGAAGAGGGAAAGGUAAGGGAGGACAAAGAUGAUGUGAGAGGGAGAGGACAGAGAAACAAAAAGAAACAAGAACGCUCUUUGCAGCAAGUCCGUCUCGCUUGCUUGGAGAUUACGUCGAGAAAUGAGGAGGCGAUUAAUUCCACACCAAACCGGAUUUACUCGCAAAAGGUUUUUCACCUCCUACUUUAACGCAUAAAGCUGUGAUAUUAAAGGAUAUCAUUUAUCGAAUAGUUAUCAGAUUUUUAUUAUCAAUCUAGAAUAGGUCUAAUAUUGAAUCAAACUUUUAUCAAAUUUGUCUUUAUUGUUUAUAAUGAUAUAACACACUAGCUCUAUCCAACAAUAUUUUAUGUUAUCUGAUAUAAUAUUUUGCCGUUAUACCUUCAUUGGAUUUAGUCAUUCUAAUCAUUCUAGUGUCAGAUAUAUUAGAAUAAGAUGUGCCUCGGGAUCUAAAUAGGCUCUUAAGUAGUCUAACUUGAUAUUAUCGCUAUAGCAGUCAGGAAGGAGGAAAGGGAUAUCUUAAUAGACUCUAGUAGAUUCUAACAUGAUACUAUCGCGAUAAUAUCUAAUAUCAUCGCAGUCAGGAAAGAGGCAAGGGAGCUACAAUAGAUCCAAACAGUCUCUAGUAGAUUCUAAUGUGACAUUAUCGUGAUAAUAUCCAAUAUCAUUGCAAUCAGGAAACAGGAGGGUGGGAUGUAAGUAGACUCUAGUAGAAGAUAAUCUAUAGAUAUAUUAUAGAUGUAGGUACAUAGAUAAUUUAUAUAAAUAAGUAUCAGGUAAUAUCUGAUAUAUGAUAUCCUUUUGAUGACACCUAACUCCUUUAUUGACGGUCAAGUAUUCUUCAGGAUGUUUACUUUUUAUUUGUUUCUGAAUUGAUUUAGUACCCAUGUUAACGAUGACUGGAAAUACAUCUGGGGUCGCAGGCUAUACGUGUGUAUAACUACGCGAAAAUUCAAGGGCCUUGAUUCCAGAGAAAUUAUACAAUCGCCAGAGAUCGAAAAAGUGAUCUACAUUGCACAUUAUUUCAAUCAUCGCCGAAAAUAAAUCACAUGCUCAUCACAGGACCAUUUGCAUAAAAUGAAAGCUUACAACACCCGACCAUCGCAGUUUUCCUAAUUUAGGCUCUUCUUUUUUCAAUCACUUUAGAGUUUACUUGUUCCAAAGUAACCAACGCUUUCAAGUGAUAGUAUUUGUGGACUGACCUUGUUAAGUUCUCUGAUUACUGUCUUUAUUAGAACAGAUCAUCAACUGAGGAGCUACUACACAUGGAGGGAAAUCUGACACAAGACCUACAUGUGUUCGGUGUCCUAUUAUAUUCUAUACGUCACAUCUUUCCUCCUCUAAGAUGAGUGAUGACUAAAUGAAUUAACUAAGUCAUGUCAAGUGACAAACAAAAACAGAGAUAAAUGACGAACCUAGGCCUAGCUGAAAACAAAAAGAAAUAAUAUAUAUAUAUAAGAGAAAUUGUUCCUAGUUGACAUGCUGUGGUUUCAGGAGUUCAGCUUUUAUGGGCAGUUGGGUUUUGGUGUGUCUUCCCAGCAGUCUUCGCGCUGGACUGGAAUCCAUGUAUUCUGUGGGGGUGUUUCGUGCUGCAAGUAUUACAAGGUACAUUUGUAGAGGUCACUUUUAUUUUUCUUUGCCUUCCUGAGGAUGCUCUUGGCCGUCUUGACCGCAGAUUCAGCCUGACCAUUUGCCUGUUGAUGACCAGGACUGCUUGUCUUGUGCUCAGAGCCCCUUUCCCUUCCGAACUGAGUGAACUCUGAAGAGGUGCAUUGUGGUCCGUUGUCUGAGAUUACCACAUCAGGAAUGCCAUUUCUUGCAAAGUGACUCUUCAGCUUUCAUACACAUGUGGAUGCUUUGGUAUCUCUGAGCCUGUCAAUUUCCCAGAAAUUGGACAAAUAGUCCACAGUAAUGAGACAAUCCUUGUUGUCAAGAUUGCAGAUGUCUACUGCGACUUUUUCCCAUGGCCUGUCAGUGGGCUCAUGGGUAAUCAGUGUUUCCUUGGCUUGCUUAGCUGAGUGCUGGCUGCAUAUUUCAUGUUGGGUUAUGUGUUCCUUUAUUUCGGCACUCAUGCUGGGCCAAAAUAGACACUUGCAGGCUCUUCUUAGACAUCCAUUGAUCUCUAAGUGGGAGCUGUGCAGCUGUUUUAUGGUCUGAUAGCGCAGGGCGUGUGAAAUAACGAGGCGUUCUCACCUAAAAAUCAGUCUAUCGCACAUGGGCAACUCAUCCCGGUAACUGUAGUAGAGGUUCAGCACAGCAGGAGGGCUUUUCUUGUCUGCUGGCCAUCCAGUUAGAAUUACUUCUUUGAGCAGCUGAAGGACUUCAUCUUUGCUAGUAUAUCCCAGGAUUUCGUCAUGCUUUUCUUCAGAUACUGGUAGGCUCUUCAUCACAUUAACCAUCUCAAUGUCUCCCUGAGUGUUCCUACUUGAGGGCUGGUACGCCCGGCUUAGUUUGUCAGCUAGGUACAUUCAAGGUCCUGGAUUGUAGACAAUGUUGAUGUCAAACUUCUGAAUCUUGAGAAACAUCCCUUGUAGUCUCUUGGGUGCACAUCUUAACGGCUUUUUGGCAAUGGCCUCCAAGGGUUUGUGGUAACUCUCAAUUGUGACAGGUCUGCCAUAUGCAUAUUGCUCAAACUUGUCAAGUGUAAAGACCACAGCGAGAAGUUCCUUUUCAAUCUGUGCAUAUCUGGAUUCUGUGUCUGUGAGGGCUCGGCUUGCAAAAGCCACAGGCUGACCUUUCUGUAGUACUGCUGCUCCGUGCCCUUUCUCACUGGCAUCGGAUUGGAUUGUUAGUUCGUCUUCUGGGUUGUAGUACUUAAGAAGUGGCGAUGUUGUGGCCAUUUCUUUGAUUCGUUUGAAAGGUGCGUCAUUCUCUUUGCAAGUGAGGUUUCUAAUAGACUCCAUGACUUCACUUAGUUUCGGCAUAAACUUUGCUAAGUAAUUGACGAAUCCACAGAAUCUUCUGACUGCUUUGAUGUUGUCCGGUCGCGGCAUUUCUUGCACAGCCUUUAUCUUGUCCGGGUCUGGUUUCAGGCCCUCUUUGGUUACAAGGUGUCGGAGGUAGGGGAAUUCUGUGCACUUGAGUUUAAGCUUCAAUUUGUUUAGCUUGAUUUCUUUUUGUCUGCUUCGCUACAGAAACCUCUCUAAGUUUCUUUCGUGAUCCCGCAUCAGCCUGUUCAUCAGUGUCACCAACCCCAUAUAUAACCAUGUCAUCAUGUACGUUAAGCAGGCUAGGUAGUCCAUCUAAAGCGUGGUGGAUUUGUUUCUGGAAAAUUUCAAAGGAGAUACUGAGACGGAAAGGUAGUCUUCUCCAGGAGUAACGCCCAAAGGGGGUGUCGAACAUCGUCAGUCUGGCUGACUCUUCAUCAAGUACCACGUGCCAAUAUCCAUAGAGAGCAUCAACUUUUGUGAAUAGUCUGGCUUUUGAUAGUUCUGGCAACACAUUCUCUGUCACUGGGAUGGGAUAUCUUUCCCACUUAAGGGCUUUAUUGAGCUCUUUUGGACAAAUACAGAUCCUCAGGUCUCCAGAUGGCUUUGUCUCAAUCACAACGUUGCUGACCCAGUCUGUGGGUACAUCCAUUGGUGCUGUCACGCCUAAUUUCGUAAGCUUCUCUAGUUCUUGCUUGAGUCUCAGCUUCAGUGCUAAGGGUACUCGUCUCGAAGGUGAUAUAUUUGGCAAUAUUCCGGGAUCGACUUCUAAUCGCUGAGCUCCUGGGAGGGUUCCUAAGUCUCCUUCAAAGACAUCUUGAUACUCCUCGAUGAGUUUGUCAGCGGUCUUCAACUUGUCAGGUCCGCAGCUCGGCUGUUUGAUGCCUGCUGCCCGCACAAAAUUUUCUGCGUGUAUUUUGAGGAGUCCCGUGUGGUGGGUGGCUUUUGCUCCUAGAAGUGGGGUUAACUCCUCCUUCACAACGACAAACUCCACGGAAUAUUUCUUAUCGUUCCUCGGAUUUGGGAUCAUGACACGUGUGACACCUUCAGGCUUCAAUUCCGAUUUAUUCCACAUUUGUGAGACCUUCUUGGUCGGUUAAUCUCCUCGUGUCCUACAUACUUUGCAGGUAGUACAUUGACAUUCGCCCCACAGUCUACAGGAAAGCGGAUUGCUUUUCGUUUCAGGAUCAUUUCAGCGUAAAUUUCUUGCGCAUUUUCAUGGUGUUCGACUGUACUAAUAGAAUCGGGUGUUAAUGUCACGCAAUUGAUGUAAUCUGAUUCACUUGAGCUUUCUUUGUUGAUGUCGUCUGCAUCACUUGAACUUUGUUGAUUUACUAAUCAGGGUGCACAGAAACUCAAAACUCAUUUCGGGUUAUUUGUUGAGUCCAUUGGCGGCCCAGGGCAAGGAUAACAGUGCUGCUUUGCACAUGCUACUUACUGGGGUUAGAUAACAUUGUGUUUUUGGCAAAAUGAUAAUAAAAACAAUAAAAUAGAAGUAGAAUCAAGUAAUUGAAAUGAGGAAGCAAAAUCUAAUCAUACAUUUAAUUACUUGACAAAUACCACUGCAAAUCAGUUAAAAUUUAAAUUUGCAUGUUAUUAUUAUUAAAUGCAGAAUUUUUUUAAAAGAGUGUAUAAUAUUAUUAUAAAUUCUUGAUGUUACACGGUUCGCAGAUCAAGCCAAGGAAACUUCAAAAUUUUUGAUACUCAAGUGUCUUAUUUCAAGCCUUGGCAGUAAUUAUAGUGUACCUUACUUUUCAAUAUUGCCCAUUCAUCGCGUUUACAUUUGACCUUUGUGACUGUUUGUCUUUUGUCUGUCGUAUGUAAACAAUAGCUAAAACAAUAGAACUACUACAUCAACCAAUUCAAUCAGAGCUUCUGACCAGUUUCCGGACAGAUUUACAUCAUCAGCAUGGAAUUUCUGUCACUGAGGCACAGAACUCCCUCCUGGGGAAACUUCCCUAGUGGCGAGGAGAGGCUUUUGUGCCCUCUUCAGACUAAAAAAGUAUUAUAAGUUGUAAAAAGACAAAAUAAGUAUAAUAUUUAUUUCAGUUGCACAGGGGAUGAAUGCACUCUAGCUAAAGAUCAAGCAGGAGCUGUGGUUUCUGGUGAAUUAAAGUAUAGAUUUGUUAUGUGUUUUGACUUUGUAGGAUUAUGUGAUAUACGAAGCAUCCCCUGGAGUCUGGGAGUUUACUGUGCUGCAGCUCUGAGGAUUCUUGCACAUGAUGACAGCAGAGUAAAGGCCAAAAUUGUAGGCCAGGGUGGACUUGGUAACAUUCUGAAGAUGUGUGAACCCAAGACACAGUCAGAUGAUAUAGGUGAUUAAAUCAGUAAAAAUGUAGGUAUUUGACUUUUGGAGCUAUUUGAAGCCAAGUCAGAUCUAAGCCUGGGCCGGGUUGUUCACACCUGGCUUACGAUAACUCCGAUUUAGUAUGAAAUUUUAAUUCAAAUUUGAAAGCUUAAAAAAGAAACAUAGUUUAAUUGUUUUUGUCUAUAAUUUGAUGAUUGGAAGCUCUCAAAAGAAUGGGGAAAUUUAUCUGAAAAAAUACUUUUGAACAAAAGAAAAAGAAAUGUGGAUUUAAGUUGAACCCUGGAUUAGCACUAAUCAGACUUCAAAAAACUUUGGCCCUUGAUUUUCAGUUGGUAAUUAAAUCCCAGACUUGAACUCAGAUUUUCCUUCAAACAACUUGUUCAACUUGUUUUGACUUGACAUGAAUCUUGGCCCAGUUGGCUCUUAUUCAAGGACAAUACAUGUGAACAGAGUGUGUGAGUUGCCAUGGUAACUAUUCAACCCUUGAGUGUGAGAUACAACCUACUCAAGCCUAAUGGUUAGAAUUAUUCUCAAUGUACCUACAACUUUGACAAUACCUUGAGCACUUUUCUAUCAUGCACAGUACUUAAGACCCGUCUCUGGUGUGAUCACUAAGCAAAGCCCUAACAGCAUACAAUGUAACUGCAACACUGAUGUUACCUGCUAGUAGACCAUUCUACAAUAAUUGUACAGUGUACUUGUUGACCUGUCUCUGGCAUGAUCAUCCAUGACUAACCAGGCCCUUACAGCAACACACUUACAUUGUAUUCUUCAUAUAUACAUUCUGUUCCAUUUUAUGAUACUAGAAUAUAAAAGGCAAAAUAAACAUCUUAUUGACCCUGAUGAUACACAACUGACUUCCGAUCUGAUGUUGGCUGCCACACAAGUUAUGGAAACUUCUGAUCAGUCCCUGUCACCAAUAGUCCUAUUUAUGAUGGUGGUCAUGUGACAAACCUGCUUCAGCCUUGCCUGCACUUAUGACAUUUUCCCUGCAUUUAAACCAUUUACAACACUUAGUAUAAUCAAACUUGUUUUCAGAUACUAUAGAAGAUGUCCACUGGCGAUACCUUGCACACGAACAAGCUGCUGCAGUACUCCACACGCUCAGCUAUCAGAAUCCAACUAUCCAAUCAGAAAUGGUCAGCUGUGGUACUAUCAAGCAUCUUGUGAAAUUGUGUGAUAUGUUUGACCCCAUGGGUUGCCAUAGCAACUGUUGCUACUCUGUAUAUCAGUGCUCGAAAGAUGCAAAUCAACUUCUCCAGGAUUUGACCUUCCAGAAGAAAUUGGUUGGAAAAGUAAAAGAAUUGUCAUUAGAUGCUUUAAGAGAAAAGGCUGUGAAUUUAGUCAGAACUGGUGAGCAGAAAAAUACAUAAUGGUUUGUAUUUACCUUGAGAUCGUUUCUCUUAUAAAAAUGAACAAGGUGCAUAUUAAGCACAACUACAUUUCAGUCGAGAAAUCUCAGGUCAGAAAGCUAUGUUUGCAAGAGACUCAGGGAAAACAAAGGUCAAACUUGGAUCAGAUUUAACACUCAAUGAAAGCUAGUACAUUUGUGCAACUUUUGCAUUUUCUGACACAGUAGGCAGGCAGAAGACAUUUCGCAUUUUAUGACUGGCUUGUUUUUUUUUUUUGGCAUCCACUUAUAAUUUCCUGUGAAGUAUUUUUCACAUGGCAAUAUAAAUAUUUGGAUGUCAAAGAAAAAAUUUUACAGUGUUGAGAAACUGGAGCCAGUAGGAAGUUUGCAGUGAUAUGUUGAAGAUACAAAACAACAAAAUACUAAUUAUUGCAUAAACUCAUGAAAUCUCCUUUGUGCACAUGCCCCUUCCAUUUGGAUUGCUUUGCACAAAGUGGGUAGGCUGUGGUUAAUUGUUUAUCCUGAGCUUUUGUGAAACUCUUUGAUUCUCUUUUCCAAUACAGGUCUUGUGAGUGGCUCAACAGAAGUAAACAAGAUUUACAGCAUUGAUUUAUAUGACACCACUACUGAUUAUCAGGACAUUAGAAUAAGUGAUGAGCUGAUCAACAGCCAGUUAAUGUGGCCAGAUAUGACCAUGAGCAAUGGUGAUGAUUCUGAGGAUCAAGGAAAAUAUGUCAAGCAUAAGGUACCUUGAUUAAGAGUUAUUUAUUAAACACUAAGGAUAGAAACUGUCUAAGCAAAUGAAACAAUGCAAAAACACAUACUGUACCCUUAGAUCCUACUUAUUAGUUUUGGAUGAGCAGCGUGCAAAUAAAGUAGUGUCUGAUAGCUUGGGGCUAGUGGAUUUUGCGAUCAGGCUAGUUAAUUUUGUUCGUAACUUGCCCGAUGGGCAAGUGAGGUUUUUUGAGGAAUUCAAAUCACAGAAGAACUGUGAAAACAAUUCUGCUUAUCAAAUGUUUUUGGGGCUAGUUGACAUCACAUUUGGGCUAGUAUGUGCUAGCUUCAGCUUGCCCGAAUGGCAAGCUUGAAAAAUGACUUUCUUUGCACCUUGAUGAGUGUGUGAGAGGUUUUUCACAGCAUAUUAACGGGUAGGUUUGUAUCCAAGAGACUCAAGUCGUUGCUGUGGGAGAAACUGUAGAAAGUCUUCACGCUUUCAAACAUUGGAUAGCUCUGUCCACUGGAUAAAUCCCUAUCCAGUGGAUAAGUAUUAGGGAAACCAAUUACAUUAUCAAGUGGAUAUCGUUAUCCACCUUUCAAAGAACUGGUCCAUCGAUGUUAUGAUUACCACUGGGACAAAGAAUGUUUAAGAGUAAACACACCAUGCUGCCAGUGAGUAAUACAUCCAAAUGCAUUUAAAAUUGAAGUUCAAAACAUUCAGCUUGAAGAAUCAAUAUUAUUUAUCCCAAGGGUGACCAAGGUCAAUUUUCUCCUCACAAUACCAAUACAUUAUCCAGUGAAGAGGUUAUGAGAAUUGAUAAAAUGAUCAUCUGAGGGAAAAUGCUGUGAUCUUUUUUCAAAUUCUCUCAACUAGCUCCGUAAGGAAAUGUAUGGAGUUCAAUAUGGAGAAUUUCAAUAUGGAUAGUGGGCCAAGGGUUAAUACAGUAGCCAGGGCAUGGAAGAUGGUGGGGUGCCAAGAGGCUACUUCAGUAUUGUGGGGUUGAAAGAAAGACUGGAAGUGAGCAUUUUUUAAAUGCUGUAAAAGUAGGGGAAGAUAGGAGGAAGAUAGGCUGUUUGCCCUGAUCGGGGGCAGUUCUCCUUCACAGUCACGUGGCAUAGGUAGCUUGUAUUGUUUCAUAUGUGAAAAACCAGGCCCUAUUUUUUUUCAUGCCCGACAAAGUGUGCUCGGGCUGCAGGUAAACUUGCGUCAAGUGUGGAAAAUAAGGUCACUAGACUGACUGUUGCAUGUCCAACAAGCUAUGGACAAAUGUGGCAAAGCAAAAAGAGGAAACAGUCUAGUGUAUCCAGAUGAAUGGGAUGAUGACUAAUAUGGUUUUCCAUGGUCCUGGCAAUGAGCGUAUGACUCCGUUGAUAUGCUUGUUGACUGCAGUGUGCGGUCCACCUGUGUCAGCAAUUAUUGGAGUCUGAAACUGUGAUGGGUAAUAGCAAUUUGUGUAUGUAGUAUGGCGGCACUGUGGGUUUGUUUUUUGUUCACAUCGUGUUUUGAGCAUCAAGUGGAUAAAGUUGUUCUUGUGACGCAUGGUGCAUGGUGCAAAACCUUUCUUGGCAAAAUGAGUUUUAUUUGCAUGAGAAUGAAAAAUAAUUUCCAUAUCAAUGGCUGAGCACCGACCCUCGUUUUGAAACAGAGGGCCGGGGGAACUCGGAAAUGGCCUAGUCUUGGUUUCUUCCCGAUUCACUACGUCAAUUUGGUUCUUUUGGAAAUAAACCUCCCUCUGCACAAAUCGGCAUGUUUUGGGAAGAAGAAGUGGAUUGGACGUUUGAACAGUGAAACUUGAAGAACCAGUUAGCUGAUGUAUAUAUGCUUCAAUUUUGGUGCUUCUGCCAAGGUUUUUGACAGAGCUGGGCCCGUGGGACUUGGGACUGUCAAUUUAUUUUAGAAGUCUUACAUUUUGGCACAUAAACCAAACGUUUAGUCUGGUAGGAAAAGAACCUCUUCCAACCGUGUGGACCUGCAAGAGGUUUCACUUUUACUUGUCGCACGUGCUCAUUUCGUAGUCAUAACAAAAAUGCUCGAAAGUUUACCCGUUUCUUGAAUUGUAGAAGCAACACACAGCACUAAAAAAAAAAAACAGGUGCAUUAUAAUACAUUGAGAUGUAUGUAGCCCUGAGGAGUUUAAGCCAAAACUGCUGAAGGACGUUUCAAAAAUGUCGAAUAGUCAAUCGUUUGACUUUCAUAUAGUGGUUGCAAAGUUAAAAAGCACUCUUUAGAAAUUUCCAAUUGGAUUGGGUUUUCUUUGUAACGGCCUUUUACAACGAUUUUCCUGAAAAUUAUUUGGCAUACUUAUUAUAUCAAUAAAAUUAGUCACCAGAAAUUUCAGCCAAAAUGAUAUCAGCAGAAUUUCUCACUACGCGAGAUUUUCAUUGUAAAGUAAGUUAAAGUGAAACGCUCAUUUCGUGAAAAAUUGUUUAUCAGAAGUACGUGUAAAAUCGGAUUACUUCGUAUGAAUGCCUAAUCUAGUGUUAGCUGUAUAGCUCAUCUCAAAGUUUUGCAGCCAUCGCGUAAGAACCGAAAAAGUUAUGACAUAAAGUUCGUCAUAGCUGAAUGCGCCUGUCAUAUCAAAGGAGCUGCCUCAAAUGUAGACGAACUCUCCUGAAAUUGAAUUCCAAGUUCUGAAAGAACAAGAAAAUUUCGCCGUGGCUUGUUUGCACCCUCCACAAAAACCCGUCCCCAAAGAUAUGAGAGCUCCUCCCUUGGUUAGGGAUAAGUGUUGUGAUUCAGUUAACGUUAAGUUUUUAAUUGUUGUAUCACUGAGUUAUUUUCUCAUUAUAGAGUAGAGCCACCUUUAAAAAGGUGCGAAAGCUAUGCUUAGCACCAGCUUUAUAAAAUGAGGCCACCCUUUUUGCCUUAUCACUCCCGGUCAGUUGUUUGUAAAACAUGAGCAGUUCAAUAAGACGUUUAAAAAGGUUUAGUGCUUUAUUUCUAAUCCUGCAUACCUUAAGUACUUUUCUUUGACAGAAUCCCGAAAAAUGAGUGAUGGGCUCGUAAGCGUAUUUAUCUUUUUUUCUCCCAAUGUUCCACGCUUGUGUUUCGUGCUUUGCGCUACAUGUCUUUCGCCUCGCACUUUGCUAAAAAAACCUAUGUUAUGUGCUGAGCCUGUACACUCUUUUUUUAUAUUGGAAUGUUGUUUUUCCGGCCCAGGCUGAAUAUUCGUAUUUUUUGUCGAUUUUAGGCUGAAAAUGUUCUUGAAUUAUUCUUAAUUAUAAAUUAUAGCUUAUGGCAUUUCCGCUUUAUAAUGUAUUAGGAUUUCAAUUACCAGUGUUCUUGCCGUUUUAGGAAUAAUUUUCUACGGUUAAAACAUAAAAUGUACUGCAUUUACAGAUAUUUCAAAUCCUUUUCAAAUUCUCAGCCCCGGGUUUAUUCCUAAAAUAUUCUUAAAAUUUCGCAAAUUUCAGACUCAAUAUUCUUAUAAAAGAGUGUAGGCAAGUUUGAAGGUCUACCCGGAUAUUGCAUGUAAGCUAAAGAAAAUGGAAACAAUCAGAGAUAAUACAAUUCAAGAAAUAUGCGUAUUCCCGUCUACAGCUUAAAGUUGUUAACAGUUGUAGAAGUUUUUACAGUGCGACUACUGUAACCGGGACCACCUAGACAAAGUUGACCAAUCGGAUUACAGGAAAAUAUCAGUACAUUCCGAGAAAGUUAGUUAUCGAUCAUAACUACCACGAAACGAAAUCAACAACAUGGAUCGAAAUCAACCAAUUACAGCCUACAGACGUGACUUUUUGAACCCGCUGAAGAAAGGACGUGUUUCCCUAGAAGUCCGUUAGCGUGAGUGACGGAGGCGAAAAACGUAAACGGUAGUUAUAUUUUUGACUUGUGGUCGCAUGUUAUUGCAAAGCGCGGCAAUAGGAGGCAAGAAAUUGCUGGUAGAUGACAAAAUAAUAGCUUGUGUCAAAGAAAUAUGUCUUCUGGGUGUUGUGUGCAAAGUUUCGAAUAGAAAAACAUUGUCUGGUGAAACCUUUUGGUUUCCCUAAAAACGUUUGCUAUCAAUAUUAAAUUCUGUGUAUCGAGUAACUUAUUGUUUUUUACGAACUGCUGAUUGGCCGACAACCAACGUUCUUGCAGUUUAUUUUUUUGUUAUUUUCCUGUAAUCCGAUUGGUCAACUUUGUCUAAGUGGCCAUGGUUACAGUAGUCGCACUGUAAAACAGUCUUUUACACACAACGCUAUUAACAGCCUCUCGAACUAUACUACUUAAUAGAGUGAUCAGUAAUAAAAUGAGUGAGAAAGGCUGAAAUAAUUGUUUAGCCCUCUCUUUAUGCCUUCACAUCCUCUGCAGGAAGGGUCGAAUGUGGUUCCUUGAUUUGCUUUUUCUUCUUGAGGACUCGGAGGCGGUACAUUAAGGCAGCCAAAAUGACGAUCAACAGGAGCAAAGCUAUGGUGCAACCCACAGCAGAGAAGAGGAGAAUGUUGCUUUUUCCUCGGGGACGGACAAGCUCCGACACGGUACCAGCUUCUGACUUCUCCACGUCGCCACCAAUGUUGGGGAACACGCGAUCCACUAUCACCAUGUAGGGUUUGUUAAGAUGGGCGUGUACAAACUCCUCCAUCAUGUUCUCAGAUUCUUGACACUGCCCCUCGCGUGCGCAUCGCAACAACUCUGUGCACAUGCCAUGAAGCAUAUCCCUCCAAUAGGGAACUUUAGCAGUCUGGUUGUCGUGAAAAACAUCGAGAGAGUACCAAAAGUACCCGGUGCGUUGGGUCACGCGACGCAUUGCAGCCGUUAGUAGCAGGUAAUCGCUCCAGCCAAGCUCAUGGGGGCAAAAAGUCGUGCUUAUCGGUGUGAAAACACGGCCCUCAACGUUUGUUGCGGCGUCGCAUUCUGUGGCAAGAGUAUAGACUUUAGAUUGGCUGACUUUACCUCUCUUUCCAUAUGGACGCACAGUGCUGUUCUCAAAAACCAUGUGGUCUUCAGUGAAGCCGUCAUAUGAGGUCACAUUGUCGCUGUCCGUUGUGGGAUUAACGGCUUCAACCUUGCACCAGCUAGAGGUCUGAUCCAAUCCUGUGAUUCCGCGUAUGAUGUCACCAGGAGAUAGUUCGGAGACACGAAUAAUACCCCUUGAUUGCUCUUCCACUUGCAUCUUGCCCGACACACAGCCGUCGUUAAAAUGGAUGUUGAUAUUAAUAUUAACUUGGGCAUCAGCAUCUUGGGCCAGCCCCAGGGUAAGAAUCCAGGCAAUUAACAUGGAAGACAUCAGCGAACACAUAACUUUGAAUGAAACCUACAAAGGUAAACAUCAAAGAAUGAUUGAAGGACACUCGCUCACUUUGUAUCUUUUUAUGUGGUUAACAGUAUUAGAGAAAACAAGAACGCUCUUACAGCGAGUUUCAGUCUCGCUUGCUUGGAGAUUAGAUCAAGAAAUGAGGAGGCGAUUAAUUCUACACGAAACAGGAUUUACUCGUUAAAGGUUUUUUCCUUCCUACUCUAUCGACGUCGAGUAUUCUUCAUGAUAUUUCUAGUACUUUUUAUUGUUUCUGCAUUGAUUUAGUACGCGUGUUAGGGGCGACCGGAAAUAUGUCUGCGGUCGCAAAGGCCUCGAUUCCAGAUAAAUUACAUCAUUGCCAGAGAUCAAAAAGUGAUUUUCAUGGCACUUCAUUUCCAUCAUCGCCAAAAAUAAACCGCAUGUUCAUCACAAGACCAUUUGCAUAUAAUGAGAGUUAACAAUCGACCAUCGCAGUUUUGCCAAUUACGAUUCUUAUUUUUUUUCGACCACUCAGCAGUGUCCACUUGUUCCAAAGUAAUCAACGCUUUCAAGCGAUAAAAUUCGGGGACCGACACGUCUCGGAAAAGCUCUAAAUUUAAUCUUUCAUCUCUCCUAAGCUCUCUUCGCAAAACAUGCGUGGCUUCUGUCACGCAAUGAUUCUUAUUCCCAGCUUCUGUGAUAAGACGAAUAAGGCUUCAGUAACCUUGGAAACAAAGCUAGCGCUGGAGAGGAAGUUGAUCUUUUUGUAAUAAGGGGCUUAAGCAACCACGACAACCACAACGAAAUCUUUAAAUUUGUUUUAUGAGAAAAACAACAGCUCUGCGCGUGCAUCACGCUUUUUAGUAAACAUCCACUGCACGACUACGACGUGAAACCUCCUAAUGCCACGUUUUAUGCAACGACAUACAACGACGAAUUCUCCUUUCUCUUUUUGAACCUCCAGGAAAUCUCAAUACGUAAUGACAACAAAGACUUAAGCUCUAACAUUGAAAACAAAACAGGAUCACUAGCUUUUUCUUUUUAUGUAUUAAUCUCAGGAUGCCGCGAGCGUUGAAGUGGAAAUUGUUCUGUUUUCUCUUUUAAUGCUGCCGAGCCAAAACAGGUCAGGCAUACUCCCAUAGGUUCUAUCAAUAUGUUAAAUAGUUCAAAAUUGAAUUUGUUGGGCAUUGCCUUCAAAUUAAACUCGGGUCUCUGUUAUUGAACAGACGUGUAACACCUCCAGAACGCAAAAGGAAUAUCUUUAAAUUUACGUCAGUGAUAAUGAGAUGAUCUAGGCAAAUGUGAUAAAUUACGAAUUUAACUCUGAUAUUUACAUGCGUAAAGUAUUUUAAUCGGAAAAUAUGUUUUUUCUCCUCUACAGUACGCGCUCUUUUCCUUUCCUGAAAUAUCGAAUAGAAAUGUUUGUCAACAUGGUAACACUUUUGGAAAAUUCUGAAUCAUGUGGAGAUAUAUGGAGCACUACUCUUCUUAUGAUCUCAUUGAUAUAUCUACCAAUCUCCUAAGGUAUCCAGUCUUUAGCUAGUUUGUAUUUUUUAACCACUGUUACAGGACUUAUCUUCCCGAUUUUGAAGAUAUAUGCCGGGAAAGUUCAUAAAAGUUCGAUGAAUAUCCGAUCAAUAUGCUUUUAAGGUUCUAGAACAUUUUAAGUGUUUACCUUUAAAAAUGCAAUAUGAUGAAUAACCUGAAAUAAGCUUUGCAUGCAGAAACAUAAAUAUUAACCGUGUGCUUUUCUUGUCUCCAAACUUGACGUCCCUUCGAGGAUGCUUAUCCUCUAAGUGAACAUUCCACAUUUGUAUGUAGUAAUUAACUUAGCGAGUCAGGGUUUUGCGACUCGUUUUUGUUGGCAGAUACAUCCUACGCAUUAUUAUAUACCGGUAUGUAAACGUAUUAUCAACGACCAUCAAACAAAUAAACAGUGAGCUGCUAAGGAACUGAAGGAAAAAAGAGUAUGCAGUUAUAGAGAGAGAAAGAGAAGAGAAAGAAAGAAGUACAGAACUGUUGAAGAUCAACUGAAUGAAGGUUAAGUUGAAGAAGAAAGCUUAGAAGUUAACAGAAGAAUAAUAUUGUGAAGAGAGUAAGUCUCCUUAUAAUAAAGAGUUUAAGCGUAAGACGUAUUUGGUUGUGAGAGCCCCUCUAUCACUGGUGGAGAAUAGUUGCUACGAUCCUGGCACCUUUCGCCUCGUCGACUCCAACGAGCGACUAAAGUUCCUCAUCACUGGUAGGAAAGAGUUGCUGAAGAUUAUUUGAUGGCUCGAUCAUUCUUCAUGGCUGUCCCCUUACUCGAUAUUAUGAAGAUUAUUGCAAGCCACGUAACGAAAAUGACCUCGGAUCCAUAUUUACAGAGAACCGCCCGCUUCACUGACGCCUGCGGACUCAGUUGAGUGUAAAGACUUUGUUAAUGGCGAACUCUUAAAUGACUUUUGUUCACUUUUGUUCCUGCUUUCUUUAAGUCCUGUUUAACUAGCUAAAUCUUACUAUGCUUAUUAUCUUAUUUUAAAGCAAAUCUUAAAAUCAUUAACUUUUAUGAUUUACACAUAAUUUAAUCUUGAUAGCGUGAACUUUAGUGUCAGUCCAAUAUGUCUUUUGAGGAAGCGUUGCGUAAGUUAAAUCAGCUUAUAAGUCGACAAAAUGAUUACUUCGGUUAUUUUAUUGAUCACGUAACACUCCAUGACUGCGCUGAAGAACGUUUGUAACUAUUUUCCGGUCGCGAAUCACAGGAUAUUUAUUGCUGGCUUUAGAAAUUUGAAAAUCUGUUUAAGGGCUGCGAUCGCAAACUAGAUUCGGCAUGUUUGGCCGCUAACUUUAGCAUGUCAUUUAACGGGACUUGCCGAGACUUUAUUUCUCUCUCGAACGAUCUCUCAACUAAGGCGUUAAAAGAACGAUUUUCCCCCGAUGAUUUGAAAUGGCGGUUACGACAGUCACUCAUUUCGAGACAACAGGGUCUCCAUGAAUCUUUGAAUUCUUAUAACGAAUUUAUCGAUACCACUUGUCUACAACUAGGUGUAUCUAAAGAAGACCAGUUUUACUAUUUCGUUAACGGGUUGCUUGCGGACAUUAAAAGUGAAGUUUUGAUGCAUCAGCCAAAAGAUGACCUCACAGCAGUAAAUUUGGCAGCCGUACUGAAUUUGUUGAUCGCACUAUUGCAGAUAGCCAAAGCAACUUGAACAGUUGUAAAGAAAAUCCAGUUUACAGGUUACUACGUAACAAAUUGCGUCAGGAUUUAUAACAGAUGAAAUAAAGUCUUUAAGGGAUGGUUUCCCCCCAAAUUUCGCAAAUCGUGAUAGGAAUUCUAAAGCUUCAGCGCAGCCUUAUCACCGUCGUUAUGCCGGUGGGUUCACAUUUCAGGACCCCACCUGCUACAGAUGUGGCGUAGUCGGCCACAAAGCGCGUGUUUGUCCAAAUCAGUCCCAUGAUUACGUCAUGAUUACUACAGUUCCGAACCUCGACGAAAAACGUCCUAUCGAAACACAUCCCUACGAAUUGUUGAAAAUCAUGUCGACCCACCAUGUUCCACUAAAUUUAACAAACGUUCACCGUUUGUUCUGAAAAAGGAGGUUCUUUUAUAUCGUGAAAGCAAAUUGCAAAUCCUUACUAAGCCGAUCGAAUACAUCGAAGUGAGCAAGCAUUCUCUACUUACCGAAAUUGUCAAUGAUUUUGAUGAAGAUAUUGAUACAAAUUCGUUCUUUGAGACUUGUUUUGAAGUUUUUACUCACCCUAAAAGUUUGAAUACCCCCGAAAUAACCUCAACAGAAAAUGAAAAUAUUACAGGCACAAGAAGUGCCAUUUAUUGAAAUUUCAGUGGAUCAAUAUCAUGUUUGUGAGCUCGAAGAAAAUUCGAAUUGUAUCGUCAAUGAUAUUCAAUAUGUUUCUGCAGUGCAAGUAUUCGAUUACUUUACGGUAAAAGUGUCUUUUACUGAAGACGCAUCGCAAGAAAUUUCUAACAUAGAGCACCUCCAGUACAAGCGCGACGAGUCAGAUUUAUUAGUCUACAAGCACAGCCCAUAAAUUGGAGCAUUGUAAGAAACGGCGUGAUAUUUUUGAACGAAGUGAUAUUUCUCUUGUUACACCUGAGAACGUGAACAAUAUUCCUGUAUAGUCAGGACCAUUGGUGCUUAUCUUUCAAAGAUCUAUAUCUAUAUCAGUAUGAGGCCUUCUCUGGGACCUUAAGUCGCCGUGACUUUUGGCGACUUUAGGAAAAUUUGCUCAAAUUGUUAUGCGACUUUGGGCGAUUUAUGGUGACUUUAGGCGACUUAAGGUGACCUAUUAGUUGAAUUAAAUGCUAGUGUAUACAAAAUUGACAUCUACUGACAACACAACCUGUCUAUGGAGACAGUGGGUCUUGGAGACAUCUAUUAAACACCCAAAAUUCCAACAAUCUCAACACAUUUAAUACUAAAAUAGUGAUUCUACUUUAUAUUUUGAAAAUUAAAUAUCAAGGUAGCCUGCGUCGCAGAUGUUAUCUAACACUGGUUAGUAAAGUCUGCGAAGCAGCACUGCAAACUUAACCCAGAAUUUAGUAUGAUCACAAUCAUGCUAAAAUUUGGUCAAGCCCUGUUGACGGGAACAAGCUUGCCAUUUUGUCUUUUCGCCUAAAGACUGCAGUCGAUCUCAGUAACUCUGACCUUAAUUUCUUUAAACGGAGUUCGCUUGUGGUUUCCACAAUUGGAUAAAAACUUUUUUUCCUGGAGAUUGAAGGAAGAAGUUGCGGCUUCAACUAUUGCUUUUCUAGUCUAAAUACUUAGUUUCUUUUUAGACUGAAUUUGAUUUUUCUUCUUCUCACUGAUUUAUAUACAGAAUAAGCGUUUCAUUGAAGUCGCUUGGAAUAAUAAACAGGUCUAUUUUCUCGUUACCGGUAAUUUUUGUAGCAGCUGUUCACUCUGUGUACGUUGCGAGAGGCACUAGGCCCGGGUUACCGCACGACACAAUCAUUGUAAUUAGCUCUUCCGAUGGAUCAAACAAUCAGAAAAUUCCACACGGCUUCAAAAAGUCUUCAAUGCUCAUAUGCGUUUCUUUCUGUUUAAUCAGGAGAUUGAAAUUAAGCGAGGGGGUAAUGUUACAGGACUUAUAUCUUCCCGAUUUUAAAGAUAUAUGGGAAAGUUAAUAAAAGUUUGAUAAAUAUCCGAUCAAUAGGCUUUUAAGGUUCUAGAACAUUCUAAGUGCUUACCUUUAAAAAUGCGAUAUGAUGAAUAACCUGAAAUAAGCUUUGCAUGCAGAAACAUAAAUAUCAACAGUGUGCUUUUUGAGAGUGGGACAUCUCGUCUUCAAACUUGACGUCCCUUCGAAGAUGCUUAUCCUGUGAAUAUUUGCAGAUUUUUAGUAAUUAACUUAGUUAGUCAGGGUUUUGCGAAUCGUUUUUGUUGGCAGAUACAUCCUACGCAUUAUAAUGUAUGUAAACGUAUUAUCAAUGACCAUCAUCAAACAAAUAAAUAGUGAGCUGCUAAGGAACUGAAGGAAAAAAGAGUAUGCAGUUAUAGAGAGAGAAAGAGAAGAGAAAGAAAGAAGUACAGAACUGUUGAAGAUCAACUGAAUGAAGGUUAAGUUGAAGAAGAAAGCUUAGAAGUUAACAGAAGAAUAAUAUUGUGAAGAGAGUAAGUCUCCUUAUAAUAAAGAGUUUAAGCGUAAGACGUAUUUGGUUGUGAGAGCCCCUCUCUUUAUCACUGGUGGAGAAUAGUUGCUACGAUCCUGGCACCUUUCGCCUCGUCGACUCCAACGAGCGACUAAAGUUCCUCAUCACUGGUAGGAAAGAGUUGCUGAAGAUUAUUUGAUGGCUCGAUCAUUCUUCAUGGCUGUCCCCUUACUCGAUAUUAUGAAGAUUAUUGCAAGCCACGUAACGAAAAUGACCUCGGAUCCAUAUUUACAGAGAACCGCCCGCUUCACUGACGCCUGCGGACUCAGUUGAGUGUAAAGACUUUGUUAAUGGCGAACUCUUAAAUGACUUUUGUUCACUUUUGUUCCUGCUUUCUUUAAGUCCUGUUUAACUAGCUAAAUCUUACUAUGCUUAUUAUCUUAUUUUAAAGCAAAUCUUAAAAUCAUUAACUUUUAUGAUUUACACAUAAUUUAAUCUUGAUAGCGUGAACUUUAGUGUCAGUCCAAUAUGUCUUUUGAGGAAGCGUUGCGUAAGUUAAAUCAGCUUAUAAGUCGACAAAAUGAUUACUUCGGUUAUUUUAUUGAUCACGUAACACUCCAUGACUGCGCUGAAGAACGUUUGUAACUAUUUUCCGGUCGCGAAUCACAGGAUAUUUAUUGCUGGCUUUAGAAAUUUGAAAAUCUGUUUAAGGGCUGCGAUCGCAAACUAGAUUCGGCAUGUUUGGCCGCUAACUUUAGCAUGUCAUUUAACGGGACUUGCCGAGACUUUAUUUCUCUCUCGAACGAUCUCUCAACUAAGGCGUUAAAAGAACGAUUUUCCCCCGAUGAUUUGAAAUGGCGGUUACGACAGGCACUCAUUUCGAGACAACAGGGUCUCCAUGAAUCUUUGAAUUCUUAUAACGAAUUUAUCGAUACCACUUGUCUACAACUAGGUGUAUCUAAAGAAGACCAGUUUUACUAUUUCGUUAACGGGUUGCUUGCGGACAUUAAAAGUGAAGUUUUGAUGCAUCAGCCAAAAGAUGACCUCACAGCAGUAAAUUUGGCAGCCGUACUGAAUUUGUUGAUCGCACUAUUGCAGAUAGCCAAAGCAACUUGAACAGUUGUAAAGAAAAUCCAGUUUACAGGUUACUACGUAACAAAUUGCGUCAGGAUUUAUAACAGAUGAAAUAAAGUCUUUAAGGGAUGGUUUCCCCCCAAAUUUCGCAAAUCGUGAUAGGAAUUCUAAAGCUUCAGCGCAGCCUUAUCACCGUCGUUAUGCCGGUGGGUUCACAUUUCAGGACCCCACCUGCUACAGAUGUGGCGUAGUCGGCCACAAAGCGCGUGUUUGUCCAAAUCAGUCCCAUGAUUACGUCAUGAUUACUACAGUUCCGAACCUCGACGAAAAACGUCCUAUCGAAACACAUCCCUACGAAUUGUUGAAAAUCAUGUCGACCCACCAUGUUCCACUAAAUUUAACAAACGUUCACCGUUUGUUCUGAAAAAGAGGUUCUUUUAUAUCGUGAAAGCAAAUUGCAAAUCCUUACUAAGCCGAUCGAAUACAUCGAAGUGAGCAAGCAUUCUCUACUUACCGAAAUUGUCAAUGAUUUUGAUGAAGAUAUUGAUACAAAUUCGUUCUUUGAGACUUGUUUUGAAGUUUUUACUCACCCUAAAAGUUUGAAUACCCCCGAAAUAACCUCAACAGAAAAUGAAAAUAUUACAGGCACAAGAAGUGCCAUUUAUUGAAAUUUCAGUGGAUCAAUAUCAUGUUUGUGAGCUCGAAGAAAAUUCGAAUUGUAUCGUCAAUGAUAUUCAAUAUGUUUCUGCAGUGCAAGUAUUCGAUUACUUUACGGUAAAAGUGUCUUUUACUGAAGACGCAUCGCAAGAAAUUUCUAACAUAGAGCACCUCCAGUACAAGCGCGACGAGUCAGAUUUAUUAGUCUACAAGCACAGCCCAUAAAUUGGAGCAUUGUAAGAAACGGCGUGAUAUUUUUGAACGAAGUGAUAUUUCUCUUGUUACACCCGAGAACGUGAACAAUAUUCCUGUAUAGUCAGGACCAUUGGUGCUUAUCUUUCAAAGAUCUAUAUCUAUAUCAGUAUGAGGCCUUCUCUGGGACCUUAAGUCGCCGUGACUUUUGGCGACUUUAGGAAAAUUUGCUCAAAUUGUUAUGCGACUUUGGGCGAUUUAUGGUGACUUUAGGCGACUUAAGGUGACCUAUUAGUUGAAUUAAAUGCUAGUGUAUACAAAAUUGACAUCUACUGACAACACAACCUGUCUAUGGAGACAGUGGGUCUUGGAGACAUCUAUUAAACACCCAAAAUUCCAACAAUCUCAACACAUUUAAUACUAAAAUAGUGAUUCUACUUUAUAUUUUGAAAAUUAAAUAUCAAGGUAGCCUGCGUCGCAGAUGUUAUCUAACACUGGUUAGUAAGGUCUGCGAAGCAGCACUGCAAACUUAACCCAGAAUUUAGUAUGAUCACAAUCAUGCUAAAAUUUGGUCAAGCCCUGUUGACGGGAACAAGCUUGCCAUUUUGUCUUUUCGCCUAAAGACUCCAGUCGAUCUCAGUAACUCUGACCUUAAUUUCUUUAAACGGAGUUCGCUUGUGGUUUUCACAAUUGGAUAAAAACUUUUUCCUGGAGAUUGAAGGAAGAAGUUGCGGCUUCAACUAUUGCUUUUCUAGUCUAAAUACUUAGUUUCUUUUUAGACUGAAUUUGAUGUUUCUUCUUCUCACUGAUUUAUAUACAGAAUAAGCGUUUCCUUGAAGUCGCUUGGAAUAAUAAACAGGUCUAUUUUCUCGCUACCGGUAAUUUUUGUAGUAGCUGUUCACUCUUUGUACGUUGCGAGAGGCACUAGGCCCGGGUUACCGCAGACACAAUCAUUGUGAUUAGCUCUUCCGAUGGAUCAAACAAUCAAAAAAUUCCACACGGCUUCAAAAAGUCUUCAAUGCUCAUAUGCGUUUCUUUCUGUUGAAUCAGGAGAUUGAAAUUAAAAUGCGAUAUGAUGAAUAACCUGAAAUAUGCUUUGCAUGCAGAAACAUAAAUAUCAACAGUGUGCUUUUUGAGAGUGGGACAUCUCGUCUUCAAACUUGACGUCCCUUCGAAGAUGCUUAUCCUGUGAACAUUUGCAGAUUUUUAGUAAUUAACUUAGUUAGUCAGGGUUUUGCGAAUCGUUUUUGUUGGCAGAUACAUCCUACGCAUUAUUAUGUAUGUAAACGUAUUAUCAAUGACCAUCAUCAAACAAAUAAAUAGUGAGCUGCUAAGGAACUGAAGGAAAAAAGAGUAUGCAGUUAUAGAGAGAGAAAGAGAAGAGAAAGAAAGAAGUACAGAACUGUUGAAGAUCAACUGAAUGAAGGUUAAGUUGAAGAAGAAAGCUUAGAAGUUAACAGAAGAAUAAUAUUGUGAAGAGAGUAAGUCUCCUUGUAAUAAAGAGUUUAAUCGUAAGACGUAUUUGGUUGUGAGAGUACCUCUCAUCAAGAGGAUGUAGUUCCUUUAUCACCACAACCAACUCAUAUUUUAAUUUAGAAUGAAAUUGGCUGUAGGGAGGUAUUUUUUUGGCCAAUUGGUGACCGUUUUAACGGAGUCGGUGCCACUGUACCUGCUAUGUAAAUGCAUUGGUCAGUACAAGACGAAAUCUAAUAUCGGCAACGACUAAUAAAAUCUAUUUUAAAGUAAUUAAUUUAUUAAUAGAAUCUGUUGGAGUACGCUUGACCUCGUGGACGGUGUUGUCUUUCCCAAUUUUACUCAUCGACAGUUCUAGCGUUCUAGUUCUCUCCAUAACAACGACAAUUAAUAAUCCGGCUCUCUUGAGCGUUUUGGUUACUUCUGUUGCAGGUUGCCUGCUACACAGCCGUUUUUAGUGUCGUCACGUGGGGAGGAGCGUAGCGUGACGACACUUAAAACGGCUGUGUAGUAGGCUAGACCAAAGGGAGCCUGUCGUUUUCACUAAAUGAGGUCACGCUGUUGGCCUUUCGUCUUUUAUCGUCCAUCUUAUUGCAAACCUCUGUAUCCAGACGGUCUGCUACAUUGUUUCUCCAUGAGGGAAAGACUUCUCGUUCGACCAAAGGCCCGUUCACAGGCCAAAAGAAUCGCGGCGCAGUAACGGCGAAAAACGCGAGGCGAAAGUAUGAGCGCGAGUGCUGCGAACGUACAAUAUUACAAGGCAGCUCACUGCGAAGCAAGGCAAUCAUCUGCUUUUUUCAGUUUUGAUUCAAUGCAAUUUUAUCGCUGGUUAUCGUCAUUUUCGUCAAAUGCCUUACAAGUGCUUAAACUUUCAAUGCUAAAAAACGAUCGAGUUACUGCGAGUUAGAAUUGUUUUGUUGUCGAUAGAAACCGAUGAAAGUCGAUCGAAAUCGAUUACCUCUUCUUAGAUCAUUGUGAUUGUCAACUAAUAUAACUUGUCAAAUAUCGAGCAUUACCGACUUAUCGACUUGCUUUCCGAUGGUCGAUUUCUAUCGAUAUGUAACGUCCUUUUGCGUUAAAACGCAGAACCUUUAUACGUGAUAAGAAGCUUUGACCUUAAAAACAAGACAGGAUCACGAACAUUUUUUGGAAACGGAAGAUCAUUUUUAUUACUGUUGCCCAGUCGAACCAGGUCAGGCAUAGUCCCAUAACUCUACUUCGAAGUUACGGCUCUCUUGAUUACCUCAUUUGAGACUGCAUUAUAAACCAAAAAGUCCUGGUAAAUAGUGGAUUUGUGUAUGGAAAACCCAAAAUUUUGCCUAAACAAAGGGCAGAAGAGUUGACAAGCCAAUUAAUCAAUCAAUCAUAUCUUUAUUUCAAUUCAGAUUUUGGAGUAGCAUUUCUGCUAGUAUCUCCGAGAAAGAAAUAAUAAAUAACAUGAAAUAAAAAUAGAAAUAGUACAAUUAAAAUACAUUUCAUAUAGACAUAAAUUACACACACACAUAUAUCCAGCUAUUUUUUAAAAGUUAACUGCUUUAUACAUAGUUUGAGAGUAUUAAAGAUCAGGAGCGCUUCUUGUUUCAUCUGGCACAGAGCUCCAAGUGGAAAUAGAUGUUAAGCCCAAAAGUAGUAGUGGCCACCUUCCGCACAAUGAGGUUUUUAACCCCCUUGAGAUUAUACUUACUAAUACGAACAUGAAACGAAAGAGCUAAAUAGAAAGGUGCCAUAUUGUUCUCAAACUCAUUAAUAAUUCAUAAAGAAAAUACAAAGAAAAUUAAUGUUUAAUGAGUGUUUGGAAAUCGGAUGAAAAACUGCUCAGUAUUUGCAUCCUUAAUUUCUCCUUCAAAAAUGAUUUUGUUUGAGAAGAAAUAUCAAACAUUCGACACAGUGUUUCAUCACCAGAUGAAACACCUCGAAGUUCGUCAAAAAUACUCCGCUGCGCGUCGUAUUUUCAACUCUCUUCUCGGUGUUUCAUCUGGUGAUGAAACACUGCGUCUCAUGUUUGAUAUAUUACAUCAAACACUUGUAAACGAGUGUAAGCAUAUCCUGGAUUCUCGCGUCUCUCAAGGAAAAAAAUUCUAAUUCAUUAAGGAGGGAAGAAUAAUUGCUAGUAAAGUCAUUAAAUACUAAUCGCAGUGCUUGUUUGUCAAGUAGUAAUAAACUUGUUAUUUUGUCAGGGAGGCAACCUUUCUCUUUUUUAUAAAACCAAAAUACUAACAAAAUAAAAGACAGAAGAGGACAUUAGCAUUGUGAUGUUGAACAUCUCUAACCUUCACAAAGCCGUCAUUCGGUGGACUGAAUUUAUGGAAACUCUAAAAAAUCGCUUAUUUUUUUACGACACAAUCAAAACCGUUCUUUGCAUAACUCGUUUGAUCCAAACUAAUCUGAAAUUAACGUUUACAAUUAUUCAUCUAUCCGAUGUACUGAUGGGUGGCCAGGAACAUGCCGUCCACUGAAUUUUAUUUUACUUUCAAAAAGGAAAACUCUAUUACCGAACACGAUAAUUAUUAAUAUUGAAAUUUUAGCAUUAGUAAGGUUGUCUUUCUGUGAGAAUCUUUUGAUUGGGCUAAAGACAAGUGUCCAUUGUAGGCGGGUUUAAUUUAGAGACAAGGUAGGGGCUUUCCCCAAAGAUAAAGAAAACUUUCCGUAAUGGCUGCGGUCACAUCUGGGCUUCUAACUUUUGUUAAGACGCUGAUAAUUAUAGUUAGCUAUUUCGGUAAUGUGACCGCCUCUCUGUUCGCUCUAACUAUAGUUAGAAAAUUUACGCCUCGGUGAUCCAAAACAAUACAGACUAACUAUAGUUAUACCCUAUAGUUAUACCCAAGUAGGGUUCGUGGGUUAGUCUUAAGUUUACAAACAAACAACCAAUCAGAAUGUGACACUUCUUUUCGCACGUACGAGAUGAUCAUAUAUAAAUAUGCAAAAUAAAAACCAAGCGUGAAGCGAGGGGGAAACCAAAACCAACGAACAAAAACUUGACAUAGGCUAAUUAGAACUAACUGUUGUUAACUGCGUGGUGUGACCACUAUGUCGACCGAAAGCACUAACUUCAGUUAGGUAUGACAUCACGUAACUUGACACUAACUUAAGUUAAGCUUUAGUUACAGGGUUCGCACGCACCUUGAAAGUCCUUGAAAGUCCUUGAGUUUCAAAAUAAAAAUUCAAGGCCUUGAAAGUCCUUGAAAAUUGCAGUCGGUGCUGUAAAGUCCUUGAAUUUCGGUGCUAACUUUAUCCAAUACAGAUUCUCAAGGUUCUAAAAGGAGCAAACACAGAAAGACCUAUCAGGGUAAAAUUGCUCAUGUUGUGGAAGAACCAAAAAAGACAGACUCAAGGCUCUUUUUUGCACUAAAUGGAGUCCUUGAAAAAUGGGAAAUGAGUCCUUGAAAGUCCUUGAAAAUUCCUUGAAUUUUUUGUUCUAAAAAGGGUACGAACCCUGUAGUUACGUCGUAGAUGUGACCGCAGCCAAUACCGAGUUGUCGGUAUUAAGUGGGCCCCCUUAAAGCGUGUUCGACUGUUCUCGAAUUGUUUUUCACCAAACUGCUUCUCAGUGUAUGUUUCUUCCAGGAAAUCGGAAUUUGACAUCUCCGUUAAUUUGAUACACACGAACAUGAAGUUAAUGAAAUAAAGGAAAUUUCAUAAAUCUAAUACCACAGUUACUUGGCCUUUGUUUUGAAUUUGUGUGGACGCCGGACACUGCGCAGAAAGUGUUGGUUUAUUUACUAAGGCAUGUGAGCUCUUCCUUAAACUUGGGCAUCUCCAAGGGGAAACCUUAUUUAAAAAAAUAUUCUGUAAACUUGUAAGGUCAGACUCAGUGAUCACUUCGGAAGAUGAGAGAACCUCGUUUCCCAGUUCCAAAUCUCAUCCCCCAGUAGCAAAAUACUCAGAAAAAAGUGUAUAUAGUGUUUGCCCUUAAGACGAUCAGGUUGUCGGCACGCAUUUAAGGUUGUUAACUCUCUAUGACUCAGGAAGAUCAGCGAUAACAACUUGAACAUCUUGAAUAGGGGUCAAUUCAGUACUCUCAGCCUUAUUCCUUGAGAGAUCAUAAUAUAGUUAAGUUUACUCAGGUUUUAAGCCAAUUUGUACGUAAACAUUAACGAUUUUUCUUGUCUUUUCAGGAUGGAGAGAGGUGGGCUGAUAUUUGUGUAACAGAGGUGAUUGAUGCCUGCCAUUUCUGGGCUCAUGUAGGAGGAAAACUAGUCGUAGAGAAAGUUGAAGUGAUAAAUAGAAAACUGCUCUCACAGGUGACUUGAUCAUUUGUCUUUGAACUAAUUCCUAGUUUGAGUUGCACAACUGGGUGCACUUGUUCAAACCAUGGCUGGAUAACACUAUCCAGUCUCUAUCCACUGGGUAACACAAUCGGUUUCCCUAACACGUAUCCGCUGGAAAGUGAUUAAUUCGGGGAAUAGCGCUAUCCAGCGUUUGAACAACUGGGGCCUGCUGUUUACAAAAUGAUCUAUCAAUGAAGAUAUAACAGGUCUGACCACCUUACUCCUAGAGUAACUCCAAAAACCAUGUUCUGGAAUUUUAUUGUAUUGCAAGAAAACAGCCAAUCAGGGGUGAUAAAUGUUAACUGUAAUCAGUUAUGGUGAUCAUUAGUUUGUGGUUUGUGGUCUGAUCUUCAAAGUUAUUGGUCAGUACAUAGUCAAUAUUCCUGAAUUAUUUCAGGCCCAACUUGUUCAAAAGGUGGAUAGUGCUAGCAACCGGAUAAAUCACUGUGCAGUGGAUAAGUAUUAGGGAAACCAAUUGCACUUUCGACUGGAUAGAGAUUUAUCAGCUGGACAGCGCCAUCCACCUUUAUGACAACGGGGGCCUGGUGUUAACGGUUUUUCUUUUUUUACAGUAACAGCCAUUUAGGGCCAAUUAUUUAAACAAAGUUUAGACAGCGUUUAUGAAAGUAAUCUUCUAACCCAUGUUUAAUCCAUGAAUACCGAUCAUUUAAAUGCUAUUCUUUCAUAACCGUGUUCAGACCGUGUCUAUACACCGUUCAAGAACGAGGAGACCUGCUCAAGAUGGGUUAAAAUGCCUUUACCAAGCAGCGGUUUUAAAAUGGACGGACUGCCAUGCUUCAGAUUGUUAGGGUACGCGCCAAUCCACGCGUAAAAUACGUGUUGGAAAAACUUGGCAUACUAGGAACAGAUUUAACCUUUCAAAGAUACCAUGGCGAAGAUUUUCGAUUGCGUUCCCGGUCACUGACCUCGUAUACAAUCUUCGAUCUUUGACAUCAAGCGAGGAUAAAGUCGCAGACAACGAUCCAUAAAGCUCUAAUUGUCUUGAUUUUUAUGCGACCUGAACUUUCGGGUGUGUCAUCAACGAUUUGUUUCAUCAACAGCCGAUAUUUCUAGACUCCACCACUGAUUUCCCUGCGAAAUGACGUCUGAAGAUCGAGCGCAGAAAUUCCUUACUGUGGUACUUCUGAUUAGUCGCGCCGCGAAGGGAAAAGAAUCACAACUUAAGUGGCCCAGAAUACUCUCACUUAGUUGAUGAUAUUAACAUGAAAUCCGGAAUUGAAGCUGUAAACCAGCAAAGCAUUAUUUAAAGACGAAAUAUCAAAUUGACUGGGACUCUGCGACAUUUAUAACGUAUUCUACAGACUACUAUCAACGUCUUACUUUAGAAAGCUGGUUUACUAACUUAGAACAAACGCCACUGAAUCGUAGCCAACAGUUACCAGCGCCCUACAAACGACUUAUUGACGAGAUCAAGCAAAACUAACUACGAGAGAAUGACAAUGUGACUAACAAUAGACGACUGUUUAACUGUGACAAUAGACGGAUCGAAACGCACCAAUUACUGAUUACGAGUCUUCAUAGCCAAUAACAUCACGGCUUAACUGACAGACGACCAAUAACAUCGAUCGCGACGUAAUUGACCAAUCAGAUCAAUAACCAGAGUAUAAUACCAUCAACUGACGUGAUACAACUCACUUUGACUCUGAAGAUGACUACUGCACAGGUUGUCGAAACGUCAGUCACUGUCAACAACAACAACAGUCCUAUUCAGGACUACGUUCACCCGGACGAUCAAACUCAACCUACUUUUGAAACCAGCAAAUGUUAGAUUCUGUUUGCAAUGUUCUAAAAAUGCGUCAGGUCCUACCUUAAGGAUUUUGUGAGACUUACGGUAGCCAUUCUUUUAUGUGGCAGGUGAAGAUUGCUCUGACAUGUAUACCAGAACCUGGGACAUUUGUCUGUGUGUCUGAAAUUGUUGGUGGCCACAAAGACUCAUACAGAGCUCAAGUUCUUUCAACCGAGCAUGCUGCUGAUGGAAGCUUUAGGGCUCACGUGUUUGCUGUGGACAAUGGCUUUACUACAAAGGUGUCUGGGAACUGCUUGUAUGUUUUACCAGAGGAGUUGCUGGACAUUGCCCCACAGGUAUGCUUCCUUAUAUGAACGAAACCUGAUUGGUAUAUAAAAUAACUUGCUUGUUAAGCCCCCUGUUUAAGUGUCCAGGGGGUCGUUUCUCGAAAAUCCCGGUAACUUUUUGGGUCCAGAAAGUUGUUUUACGUUUGACGUACGUUUAAGAUAGGAUCAGCGUUGUAAUAGUUUUAAAAAUGAUACAAGAAAAUUGUUACUUAACGAUAUAAAAUUGACUUGUUUGCGAGCUAGGAACCGUGCAACUUUUUAAAAUUGCCCUCGGGCCCUAGAAUUUACCAGGACAUUCGAGAAAUGGGUCCAAGGUCUUCUCAUUUUUCAGUGUCAAAAAUAAAAAAUGGAAAUAUUCAUAAACUGAAAUUUGUUUUAAAUCCCUCAAGCUCUAGCUAAAAAUAUAUAUUUCGAAGGCUUUAUCUAUAAACCUCCUUAGCUUGUAUGUUUUGUUUUUGCAAAAAAAGUCCCAGGGGAACUUGACCCAUUGUCUUUUCAUGAAUUAUACGUAGAUAUUUUUCGUGCACUUGAAUAAGACGAAAUGUGAAAGAACACUUCUCCGGGGUAUUCAUAACCUGUAUUGGGAAAACAAAACAGACAAGCUCAAGACGUCUAUUGCAUAAGCAGUUAAUGAUGUUUAUCAACUUUUACAAAAAAUCAAAUAACAUUUCCUUAUCAACUUUCAACUCUCAGGCAACCUUGUGCUGCUUGUCUGGAAUUCAAGCCCCACCCAAAAAUGCUGAAGUGCUGGAACAUGUUGCUGGUAAUGAAUAUUUCGUCUUUUUUUAAAAAUCCAGUAUUAAAAUACUGGAUUUAUUUCCGUGUAAAAUUGAGUUUAUUCUCUUUCCUAAAAGUUUUAUCGUCGACGUCUUAUUUUUCAUUCGAACUGGAAGACUAUACCACCCGUAAGAGCAACAUUAAGCAUGUAGGAAUGAGUACGGCUACAGGAAAAGUGAGUAAAAUAAUAUUAAGGCGAAUCAUAGGCUUGACUCUUUAAUUCUAGGUCAUAAGGCGUUUUUUAACUGCAAAGGUAAAAAUGUCAUUGUUCAUGUAUUCUUUGCUAAGGAAAGUUAUUUGACCAAAGAGCCUAAAUCAGGCACUCUGUCUGGAAUUACGUAUACGCAGGGAACUGCUUCGUGCAAGAUCAAGUGUGUAAGCCUGUAACCUGACGAGACAUUCAACGAAAUUUUCAUUUUCUCUUUUGGUCCCAGUUGUUCAAAAGGUGGACAACGCUAUUCGCUGGAUAAAUCUCUUUCCGGAUUAUAGUGCAAUUGGUUUCCGUUUCACUUGUUCUCUGGAUAGUGAUUUGUCCGGUUCAUAGCUCUAACCAACUUUGGAACAACCGGAACUUACACAAUAAGCAAGUCAUUAUAUAAAGAAGUCUUUAUGUGACAAAUUAACCCAACUAUCACCUUUAUUUAAGGUGUUCUAAGAAAUCUGACGCAAGAAAAUAACUCUCAUCGUCUUUAUGUUGCUGCUCAAUCUGGUCUGGAGCUUCUUAUCAAGGUGAGAUCAUCUUAGAUGUUACUUCAUGUUCGAUGCAGCUUGCUGAUAUGGACAUACCACUACAGGAGCGUUUUCUGUAGGGCAUAAGUUAAUGAAUUCAGCAUAAAUUUAACCUAAAACAGCAUUAUCCUCGUGACAUAGCCCCAUUAAGGCCCACGUAAACAAAAAUGGCAAUAGAGACGAAGAUGUGCUAAUUACAACACCCUAUAGACCUCUUUUGUAAUGGCGGCCUAUUAAAUAAAUAUACCGUAAAAUUCCGAAAAUAAGCCCCGGGGCUUAGAUUUUUCAAAGGCCCUUUUUGAGGGGCUUAUCUACGGAGGGAAAUUUGCGUUUCAAACCCGAUUGGGAUAGCCUCAUAGUUGGAAGUAACUUUGCCGUUUUUAGUUUGUUUUACUUUUUAUUUGAGAGCAAUUUUCCAAGUACAAGCCCCCGGGGGGCUUAUAUUUGAAGGGGCGUUUUAACGGAGGGUCUUUUUGCGUUACCGGUUUGGGGGGCUUAUAUUUGGAGGGGCUUAUACAUGGCGGGGCCUGUUUUAGGAAUUUACGGUAUUCUUUUAUCAAUGAUGUAUGAUAACUAGCCUUUCUGAUCUCGUUAGCAUGUGAAAAAUACAAAAGAAUUCUUACUUUCAAACCUGGUCAGAAAGGCUAAUUAUCAUACAUAUAAAAGAAUAAGCCGCUAUCAUGAAAAAGGUCUAUAGCAAGUCCUUUUCGCAUCUGAGUAGAACGGUUUUUAGUUUUAAUCGAAGUAGAUCUUACUGUCACUGAGAGCCAAGAGUUCUUUGGCAUUGAGGUUGGGCGUUGAGACUGCAUGGCUUAAUCGGCUUUGCCCCCACCUCAGCUGGGGAGAGUGACUCUAAUUUUUAAAUUUCGUCCGUCUUUUUUAUGGUAACUUCUGCUGUUUUUAUUAUUCUGUCAGCUAUGCACCAUACCAAACAGAAACGUCUGUAAGCAGGCAGCUGGCGCGAUUGUUAAUCUUGCCAUGAAUACCAAAGUUCAAGUAAGAAUCGGCUUUCUUGGAGGGAUUCAAGUUCUUCUUGGUAAGGAUAUUUCAUAGAAUUACAUGAGGCGAAAACGAAAAACAUUGCGAUAGUGAGAUCAUGAUUAUCAGGGUAAUGAACAGUUUUAGGCAUUUGCUGAUGGUAGCAAAGGAUCAGCAAGAAUAUCGUGGGGGAAAAUGUUGGAAGGACCCAGUUGAGAAGAGUCUUAAAAGGGUGUGGAGGAUAUUAGCUGUCUAAUUCAAGGAGUCCAGAUGAUCCCUUAAAGGACCUGUGAUAAGGAAAACUUAAGAGGUAUAACACCUUGAUACUAACGUUCCUUUUUGCGUGGUAUCGCCCAUUAUGUCAGCCAGCAAACUUAAUAACAGCGGUAUAAAACGCGUAUGAUGAGUUUAUAAUCAUCCUAUUCAUCACGGGAAUGGGAUAUUUUUGCCGUUUAAUCGUUGAGUUUUUAUACGUGAGGUUUCACGGCUAUUGUUCCCCGUUGGAAUCAUUAUAAUUACGGAAUCCAAAGAAGAGUGAAGGAUGGUGCAACUGAAUGAAAAAACACUCGUAUUCAAGAAAUAGGAUGUGGAAAAAGCUGAGGACGUUAAAGAAUCCUUUAGGUAGCGCUCUCUAAAAAGUGCAGCCGGUGUUAAGAAACUCAAGUGGAAAAUUCGUGCGUGACCGUUGAUAACAUAAUUUAGUCUGAAAAUACCGGUUACAAGCUCUUUAUUUGGACAGCGAAGCCUUCGACUGUCUUGUGCAGUCUUCUUUAGCGAUUGUUGUCACAUGACCUCCAUUCAAAUGAGUCACGUGGAAAGAAGUAGUGAAAAAUAGUGAUUAGUUCAUAUCCACCAUCUUACGCAUUGAUGGUGACGUUUGAUGUGGAUGGUUCCCUUGAUGUUUCCUUUAAUAUCCAUGGGCUUCUGGUCUUUCAUUCCGACACCUCCCAAUCGAUCCCGUGGCGGGCCUUGGACGAGUGUCCACAGACUGUCGAAGUUUGUUUUUGGGUUACCUAUGGCAAGGCCAAUAAAGUUCUGAGCAUGUCGAAAAAAUACAAAAUGGCGGACGCGAAAACAAGAGGAACGUGCGUGUCCCAUCCCUCCUUCAAUGAGACAAUUACUUGAAUUUUUAAGAAGGGGGAAAGUCAUUUCAGACAAUUACAAUCAGACUUGACACGAAAACAAAAUUAUUGCUUCACUUGUUUGUUCUAACUCAACUUCACAGUCCUUUGUAUUCGGCAUUUCCCAGUAUAUCUCUAUCUCUGAGCAGCUAUACAGUCAAGCCUGAAAAACAAACUAUUAAUUGCAAAGCCCACUUCAUCGCGCAGCUGGCAGACCAAUGUACCCCUAUUAUGGGGGUGUUGUUUGCUUCUAGUGUUCUUCGAGUCUCCUUUCAAGGGCCCUGGUUGUCUAUCUUAUGCGGUGCUCGCCACAACUUUUAUGUGAAUUGUUUUUUGAAUAGAUUAGUCCAUUAUGAUGCACUUCACAGAACUUUAAACGAGUGUGUUUUGCGAUAAAAACCGUUUACCUUCUUCAGAUGUUUGCCGGAGAUUUCAGCAUGAUGAAGAAAUCCUUCUUCUUGCAAUUGGAGGAAUUCAAAACUUGGUUCGAGACUCCUAUGUUAAUCGCUGUCGUUUAGCAGACAGUGAUGGUUUAAUAAUUCUGGGUCAGUUAUACUUCGCCUGUGAAAGUGAUGCCGUCAAGGAAAGAUGCCUUGAAGCAAUCAAGAACUUACUGGGAAAUUCUAUGUAAGCUACAGCUCUUCUUUUGGUUUUCAGAUUAAUUUUGGUGUUAGGUAAUUCAAAUUGAACUUGAAUAAGUAUGCUAUAAAUUUUUUAGGAACUUAUCGCUUUUAUAGACGUAGUUUUAAAGUUAUUAAUUAUUUGGUGAUUUGAUAUAUUUCUCGUAUUUUUACCAUUUAAAUUGGCUUUACCAUUUACGUUGACUUGAAAGGUUAUAUGAAAUCUAUCUAUCUAUCCAUCAAUCAAUCCCUCCUUCCCUCGUCUGUGUACGUAACUAUGUUAAUGUAUAAUUAUUUCCUAGCAUAUCUAAACUCAUUGUAACAAAUGAUAGCGAGUUGUUACAAAUAUCAAUUCUCUUCAUUCAAUUCACAUUCCUUCUUAUUCACAGUACAACCUUCGAGAACGGUAUUUUAGAGGUUAAUGAGAUAUCAGUUCCCGUACGCAGAUCUUACGAUGCCAGGAGCGUCAUCGACGAGGUAUGCUUCCUUGUUUUCUCGGUGAGGAUGAGUAAAUAAGAAAUUUAGAACAGGAGCUACGUUUUUAAAACGAACAACAUGCGUGACUGCGUAGGAAUGGCUUCUCCUGAUAAUGUAAUGGUAAUAGAACUGAGUGGAAUACAAUUGAGGGAUUAGUCGGGCGAUUUGAAAUUACGAGCCCGAUUACCCCUGAAUUGUACGACACGAAGUCCUAUUACCAAUUAAUUGUGUCAAUAACAAAAUGCGAGAAUCUCAGUCUUGGAAUAUUUAUAUUGAUGUAAGAGAAAGAUUCCAAAGCAAAAACAUGAUCGGUUACAACUUUGGAUGAAAUUAUCGGAAUGUAGAAGCCCAACCGCAUGAUAACUUAAAAAAAUACAUUUCUAUAUAUUUAAUAAGCUGUCAAAGCCUAAAGGGACCUAAAGAAAAAUAUCUGAAUAAAAGUCACGGGACCAGUUAGUUUCAUCCAUUUUUCUUUUCCAGUUGAAACUUGACAACUUACUUGACCUAUUUCUUUCCGCUUUUUCAUUGAUUUUGAUUGGUUAUCAUGUGCUAUGUAGUAGAAGUUAAUUGGCUAGUGGCAUUCGCUACUUGAUUUUCAUUGGUUCUUUACUGUCCGAUUUGACUUGUCCGAUUAUAAGCUCCAGGUAAUCGGACAGUUUUGAAGUUACAAUAACAGAAUUAAGCUAUAAAUAUGGGCUGUUACGAGCCAAUCAGAUUCAAGCAUUUUGUUAUUGACACAAUUAAUUUCAGGAUAACAAUACAGAAGCGCCUGAUUGGGAAUAAGCAUCAAUCCCCUUAUUUUCAUACACUCUCUCUAAUUUUCGGACUGAGGCUGAAUUUUUGUCGAGGAACUUUUCAAAAAAAACAUUUUAAAUGAUAUCAAGUUGUGUGAUAUGCUAUCGGGUUGUGCAAUGGUAAGAGAUUAGGUUAGUUAUUAAGGCGUGGAGUACACCAUGUAAGAGCCCUAGGGGUUGUGACGGUCCGUCAAAACCUUUUGACCUGCAUAGACUCAAUUAAAACAGUCGUAGAAUCGAUAUGACAACUACUUCCGAGAACCAAGUGUCAUAUUCUUCUUGUGUAACACCAGUUGUCGUAGCGAGUAGCGAAGUCAGGAUUCUCGCCUUUCCCAAGUUUGCUGAUUAAACUUAGGUUGUCUGUUGUUCGGGAAAAAAUAACCGCUGUAAGAUUCGUUGUGGUAAGCGACGAAGAUGUGACCCGUUUUCUUAACAACAAGAGAGCAAGAAGAGCACAAAGGAAAGGCGUAUGAUCUGAAGAUUUUCAGCGAAUUUCUCGAAAGUUGCGACGAGAAAAGAGAAGUAGCUGGGUAUUACUCCCAAAGAGCGAUCAUAAAAAAAUUCUUGUUUGCUGUAAAAAAAAAAAAAAGAAGAGUUUAUGAGCUUCCAUCUGCAAAGCCUUUUGUCAAAGUAUCGACUGCUAUCUCCCAGAGAAUAUUUAAGGAUUCUCUCUCCUUAACGACAAGGAAUUUUCGAAGUACAAGGUAUUUUUGUAUUAAAAUUAGAAUUUCUAAGUAUUGCAGCAUCUGUAUUAAACCCGGCUUUCAAUCUCUGCCAUGUUUAUUUAUUGUCGACAUAAUAAAAAGAAAAUUACACGUUAGCUUGAAGAUAUGAAUUUUAUGGUAUUUUUUUAUGGUCUUGUUGCCAGAACAACAGAACAGCAUGGUCUCAACGGUAUAUUAUUCAGUAGCUACAACAACAACAAUCUUUAUUGUGCUCCUGAUACAAAAAGUGUAAAGACAUUAAAAGGAAAUAAUUGUGAAAAAAAAGAGCACAGCCACUCAGAAAUAGCAAAAGCUAAUCGCGCUGAGUGGCUGAGCCAUGCGGAAAAGUAACUAGAUAUCAAAGUUGAUAUGAAUAAACAAAUGCACGCAAAGACACACAAAGAAGAAAUAUAUAAGCUGUAAUAAAUAAACGAAUACACAAACGAAUAAACAAAGAAGCAAGACAAAACAACGGCUGUGCACACAAUUAGCUGCAUAUAAAGUACACCAAUCAAUAUUUGGAGAUGACAUAUUCUUUUGAAAGCUUUUUAAAGCGAAAACGACUCGCUAGCAACAGAACGACUAGCUAUGCAACAGUUAGGUCUUAUGCUCUACUUGACAGCCUCUGGCGUGGAAGGGACACUACUUUCAUAUUUCUUUUAACGACAAAUUUUUUUAAUCGACAGAAGAAAAAGUUUUCCUCAUCUGUGUCUGAUGACGAGGCUCCAUUCCGCAGACGAAGAAGAAGACGAAGGUACGUGUAAUGAUAUAGGACUGUUGUCAAUGCUGUCAACCUUUUGUUUUUAAAAUGUGGCUCCUUUUUCCCCCCCUUAAAAAAAUGCGACAACGAAAAUGAAAAUUCCAUUCGCCACUUAAGAAACGGAAAGGGAACUUGAGCCAAAAUGCGUCCCGCAACAGGCUUCUUUAGUUUUGAUUUACUGAAAUUUAGCAUAAUUAGAUAGGUGGUCUAAGGGGACACAAACAAAGAAAGUCAUUUUCUUUGUUUGAGUCCCCUAAGACUCGCUAUCUAAUCAUACCGAAUUUUAAUAUAUCGAAAGUGGCCUGUGGUUCUGGGAUCGUUUCUGGGGACGCGCCGGUCAGCUAUUGGCCAAUUUUUUUUCCCAGUGUCCCUAGUAACAGUCCUUAACGUUUCCUGGACCUCUUUGCGAAAGUUUAUAGAGAGCUUUAGAUUGGAGGACGAGGACGACAUUUAAUUUUAAGUUUUCUCGCCCAUUCUCUAAGGUUAUAAGCUUUAUUGUACUAGUUUUUUCACCCCAAAAGUUAGGACGCUUAUUUCCGUUGAAGGAGGUUAUGCCCUCUCCCGAUCGCUAAAUGAUAAAAUUCCUAAUAUUUGACAACUUGUUUUCGACACUACGACAUUCUCGCUAAAACUCGUAGUAGACUGACGACGGCUACCACAUUUUCCCGCCAAAAUGACGUUGGUUCACGCGUGUGCACACUCCACUUAGUAUUGGGAAAAUCUCGUACUCGUAGUUGUCCUCGUCUCAGAAUCUAAGGCCUGUUUACAUGGAUGUGGGAGACCCCAGUUAGGUGAGGUAGCCCGCUCAGGUUGGGGGAACCCGCCUAUCCAUAUAAUCUCUCAUUUUGAUUUGAUCACGUUUACAUAAUAGGUGGGGUGACCCACCACAUGUUACCUCACCUACCUGGGGUCCCCUCGUCCAUGUAAACAGGCCCUAAAGCUCCCUCAGGCUAAUAACUUCUUGCUUCUAAAUGAUGGCGAACAGAUUCCUUUUUACCAGGACUUGCAUGUACUUGUAAUGGUUUUAUUUGUUGAUCUCUUCUUGGAGCUUAAAAUGGAAGUCAGCGCGGUGCAAUAUUGUGGGAACAUGUAUCAGCUCAACCGCACCAAAAGACGUUUUUGCGAAUACUUCUGCUUGGGUAAAUUUUUGUGGAAAGUUCUGGCUUUUGUCAAACAUUUGCCAACGCAUCCGCGAGGCGUCCUUGUGUAGUCACAGACUAAAAAUUAGAACUACGACUGUAUACUGGGUAGAGAUUUAUCCCGCGGAUAGCGUUGUCCCCCUUUCGCACAACUGGGCGCGGGCGGACUGUCUGUGUUGUGGUUAACUUAUCUUGUUCUCAGUCUUUAUUUUCUCUACUUAUAACCUGGGUCCAUAAAACGGUUUUAAACUCGUUCUCUCUCUUAUUUAUCAGGUUGCGUAAGGGGGAGGUAGAACCUAAACCAACACUUGUUGCAUUAUCACGUGAGAGCGGAAAGAAGAGCUCGACCGGGGAAUCCGACGGAGUCACCGACAACGAGUACAGCUACACUGAUGACGACACAGAUGGAGAGAGACUGGUGACGGCUAACAAGCCACCUCCUGUAACAAGAUCUGCUGAUGAUGUACGAUACUCGAUUUUUUUUCCUUAACUUUAGUGUGAUGUUGAUUCAUAUCGUUACCAAUUUUAUAAACUUUUGUAAUAAUAAGUGUUGAAAAAUUUAAAACAAGGGAAAACUUUGACUGUCUUGUGAACGAAAUGCUAUACAUGAAACAGUAAUUUACAGUGGAAGACGCGAAAAAGGUGUCCUUAACCCAUUCGCUCCGGGAGAUUUUGCCGAAAAACGCGUUUUUGAGCUAGUCGAGUGGUUUUCAGGUCACUGUCGUGCUAUAAAGAGCGAAAACUUACCAUAAACCGGUUUACAGGUCGUACACUUGGCGGCCUUCUGAUCCAGAUGCAAAAUAUCAGCUUGCGAAGUUCGGGCAUGCGCAGAAAGCAAAAAGUUUAAAAGUGACACAGCAGUCUUGACUUUUACUUUUCGCCUUCUCUCCUCCCCUCUUUUUUCUCUUUUUCUCUUGCUGGGCAUUUAGUAGGCUUCAUUUUGGUGGGAAGAGUUUUUAGGAAAGCUUUUAGGAUCUUAGGAUUAGGUGAAAGGAAAGGUAGGUGAGCAAUGGAACAAGAUUUUCAUGGAGAUUUUCAGGUCAAUGUCACGUGGUUUUUUGCUUCUUUCUCCGGUUUCCUUGACUGAAUUGUGCUCAUUCUGUUAUGGUUUGAAAGAUCUCUUCACUCUGCACAAGUUAGCGAAGAAAGUUGUCCUUGACCGUUAAAACUGAUGACGUCACAAAGGGUAGAAAGGACGUGGAUCCGCUUGGGCGGUUACAGGCGGUUCAGGGGCGAAUGGGUUAACUACGAGAAUGUAAAAAUACAGAGUUUGUAUGGGAGUUGAGUAAAACAGGAUUUUGUGAAGGCGGCCGAAGAGUUGUCUGCUUUCGACAGUGUCCGUUAGGAGAGCUUCCACUGUAUUCCCGCGCAUGAAGAACGUUCCAAGACGUUCCACCCGUUCUAAGGUCCUUGUCUAGCUCUGCUUCAUUUAUGCAAGUUUAGAGUACUUUUAAUUAACUCUUUUUGAACUCGCAAUUAUUUAUUUCCAAUUCCUUGAAUGAUAAUGGCCUCAUGAGGUCGCCGAGAAGUCGGAACAUUAUCUUGUCAGUGUUUACACGUUUACGUUACUCAAAUUGAUUAUUAAUAAGUAAUCAUUAUCGUCAUUUCUUUAUGUAGACGGACGUGGAUAUUGAACGUUACUAUGUUCGAGGCUAUCACGUGCCAUUUAGUGAAGACGACUUACACGAUUUCAGGUAAUUUAUCGCCCCCACUCCACCUUUUACCCUUCUCAUCAGGUGCAGUGCAGGUUUUAGCCAUGUUAUUACAUCUUCGAUAUAUUAGGGACUUUAAGAUCCAACGACGCGACGGCGACAAGAAGGUCGCUUAAAAAGUGAAUUUGCGUUCUUUCAGUCUUUAUAGCGAUUAUUCCUACCCACUUACUUUGUCAAUUAUAGGCGAACCCUCCUGAAGCUGAAUUUCAAGGGACCAAAUUAAAGCUCAGAAAGAAAAAUAAAAUUUCGUCGUUGCUCGUUUACGUCCUCCAUAAAACGCGAAAUUAGGCAUUUUCACGUCGUAGUUGUGCAAAAACGGGAAAGCAAUGUACAAAAAAGUGUGAUGCACGUGCGAAGUUGUUGUUUUGCUAAUUAAACCAAUUGUUUUUUUAACGUUCUCGUUGUCGUCCGCGUCGUUGGAUCUUAAAGUCCCUAUUGAUGUUAAUUUAACACUGUUCCACAGGCCUGAGUCCAAUUUCCAUGAUGUGGGUCGUAAUAUCGUAAUUUCGAUCUACUAAUAUUAAUUCAACAUUGUUCCACAGGCCUCAGUCCAAUAUCCAUAAUGUGUCCAGUAGGGUUGUAGAAAGGUGAGACUUGUUAAACUACUAUGGCGCGUUUCGUCUUCCUUUGUACGGUUUUUGCGCUCGAUCUUAGUUGGCCAUCCAAAAAUACUUCUAGAGGCAGCCUCGAUUGAGUGUCAAUAUUGCCUUGGAUGGAGUUUAUUGCUGGUUUUCACAUGACGCCAUCAAAAUUCAAAAAUAUACUUAAGAAAUAUACUUAGGAAGUUCGCUUUGCUGUUUCAGCUUUAUUCCGCAAUCGGUGUGCCGUUGGUCAUCCUUCUGAUGUAUUUACCCUAUGGUCGUUUGUAGUUAUGUAACUUCUUUGUAUUUUCUUUCCCUUAGAUCGCUGUGCGCUUUUCUAAACAGUGGCAAAUGUGGUACAGUUUAUCUUGGAAUUCGCAAAGAUGGAGUUGUCUGUGGCGUAAAUGUUGGAAGAAAAGAGGUGCACUUAGUUAAUAUUUAUGACAAAAACAUAUUCAGACACUAAAACUAUUCUGUGUAACAGAGAGUAAUAGUACUAAGCGCGUGAAACAUCAUCCCAUUUUCUCCCCAAUGCUCUUCUUGAUACCAAAGAAGAGAUUGUUAAAUUCAAUACAUUUUACUCUUUGGUGGUCUCUCUCUCUCUCUCUUAAUGAUCGUAGUGUUUAAUUCAUAAGUGAUAUUUACUUUUAAUUAGUGAUAUUUAUUUUAUUGUGGAUUGCCAAAUGUUUGUGCACGGUCGCGGAGCUUGAGCUUCUCACUGUGUCCUAGAGCUCUGCUACCGAGAGCAAUGUCUCCUGAUAGAGCGACCCUUGCCGGUGAGGCUGGAUGGUAAAGCCCUGACCAUCUAGGGUGGGGGUAGGGCACAGGUUUAACCCUUGAAACCCUAAGAUCAAAAUAUGAGUUCUCCUUUGUUGCCUCUAUUAAUUUCCUACUAAAGAAGCGGGGAGAAGUUGAUAAAGUAUCAAGCAAAUUCAUCUUGUGUGAUCACGUCCGUAAUUCUCAUGACCACUCUGUUUCACAAAGCAUUGAUAUUACAAGGAGAAAUUUGAUGCUGAUCACUCUUUGGCCUUAAAGGGUUAAUGACUCUAUCCUUUCCCUUAUGUGGAGAAACCGAUGACCCGAUGUGCCUUCUUGUGCGGAGAGACACGACAAUGAUGAUGUUGAUAUUUUAAGGAGAAAUUAGACGCUGGUAACUUUAAGUUCAUGAACGGUUAAGACUUCAAAACAGCUAUUGAGAUGAAGUGCCGUAAGUAUAUUUUAACCAGACGUAAGGCGUAGUUACAGACCCAAAGGAAGCACAAUUAAAGUUUCGAAAAUCGAGUGAAUAC